GAUUUUCCCCUACCGGCGGGGGAACGAUGUCCUACCGGGCCAGCUUUGCCGUCCGAUCGGCUGUCCAGCGGGAACACCGCCGUCCGACUUCACACCUCAUGAAUAUUCAACACCUUGUAAGGAGGAGCCUGAGGAAUCCCCUGGUGAGGAUUACGGAUAUAAAGCCAGACCUGCCCUCCUUUAAACUCACACGUGGACUCUUGUUGACAACACUUCGUCUGAUCUUCCACACUUUCUUCAAGAUGAACUACACAGAGCUGAGCAGCUGUCGGUUCCAGUUCGACACGUCCUACCAACAAGCAGCGGACCAAGGGCAGGACAUGUUCGGCAGCCUGCAGGUCCCCGCCCCGAUGGAACCGUACGGAGGCUACGGUGAAGCGACCGGGCACGUCCCGGUCCCGCCGGCGUCUGCUCACGGGCCUGGGCGCUGCCUGAUGUGGGCCUGUAAGACGUGUCGGAGCAGGAAGGCGUCCCGACAGGACAGGAGGAAGGCCGCCACCAUGAGGGAGAGAAGGCGGCUCGUCAAGGUGAACGAGGCGUUCGAGGUGCUGAAGAGAAAGACGCACAUGAAGCCGAGCCAGAAGACACCCAAGGUGGACAUCCUCCGGAACGCCAUCGCCUACAUCGAGCAGCUGCACCAAACUCUACGGGACGGUCAGGAGAACUCGGCGGGACAGAGCGCCGACUCCCCCGCAGCCAGCCCCGGGGCCUGCUCCGACGGAAUGACUGCGAACAGUCCCGGGAGUGUGUGGUCAGAUACAUCCGGGAACUUGCACGGGGAAGAGAACAUGGCGUCAUUUGAUGGUUGUGACGUCACCUCACAGUGGAACUCCGCCUCCUGCCUGGACAGCCUCUCUCUGGUGGUACAGAACAUCUCCGCAUUCGCAGGCGACGAUUCGCACCAACUCUACAACCAACAGAGAUAGGGACACCAUGUUAAAAUCAU